UUCGGUGCAUUUGUGGCAGUCUAUUUUAUCGAAAAAUCCGCGGUCACACUGAUCUCUUGUAUUGAGCAAACAAAGUUUACAUUUUUUGCUAGAAACGAAAUAAUUAGAAUGUCGCAAGAAGUUGAAGAGACACUAAAACGGAUUCAGAGUCACAAAGGCGUUGUGGGCACAAUUGUGGUCAACAAUGAAGGUAUUCCGGUGAAGUCUACUCUGGACAAUACGACAACCGUGCAAUAUGCUGGCCUGAUGAGUCAGCUGGCUGACAAGGCUCGGAGCGUUGUGAGGGACCUGGACCCGUCCAACGACAUGACAUUCCUGCGGGUGCGCUCGAAGAAACACGAAAUUAUGGUGGCUCCUGACAAGGACUUCAUCCUCAUAGUCAUUCAAAAUCCAACCGAUUAGGCUGCUGGAACCCGAGAAUUAAAAGCUGAAAUUAAAUAAUGCACAUU